GUCACGUGAGCAGCGGAGCGCGCGCGGAGCUGCAGAUACACAUGGCUCGUGUUGUUGUUGCUCCUCAGAUCCACGUGAGCGCGAGCCGCGCUUCCUACUGGCUCGCGAGGGACAAGGGAAAGGGAGGACAGACACACACACAGACACAGACAGACACAGACACUGACAGUGAGCGCAGCAGCAGCAGGACAUCAGGCCCAGACUCUCACGCCAAAGUGUUUUUAACGCGGACACAAGCGGAGGAUUCCUGAAACCUCCGCAUGCCGGAGGGUCGCGUGUUUCCCGUGUGGCGGGGGAUCGGGGCCAGUAUUGGCGUCGGAGGUGGGUGGAGCCAGGGCUGGGGGCGCUGCCUGCGAUGGGAGCCCGACAGUCCAGGACAGGGCGCCCGGGUCCCCGUGUAUGACUACCCCGUCUGGUUGGUCCUGUGCCGGGGGGGCCGAGCCAGACUCCAGGAGGUUUGUCAGAGAGGGAGGGGGGCGAUCAGACUGCCCACAGACAUGCUCAGCAUCAAACUCCCCCAACUCUUCAACAUCCACCAGGUCCCAAAGGUGUUCAGAGAGGACAGCAUCAUCUCCGGGUACCGUCACCCCUGCAGCUCGGCGCUGGACUGCGUCCUCAGCAGCUUCCAGAUGAACAACGAGACGAUCAACAUCUGGACCCACUUCUUGCCAACAUGGUAUUUCCUGUGGCGUUUCUGCGUCCUCUGCUCCACUCUGAACUUCCUGACCGACAGCUACACCUGGCCCCUGCUGGUGUACAUGGUGCUCAUCUGCAUUUACCCCUUCACCUCCAGCUGCGCCCACACCUUCAGCACCAUGUCCCCGGAGUCCCGCCACAUCUGCUACUUCUUCGACUACGGAGCGCUCAGCCUCUACAGCCUCGGUAAGACGCGAGGCAGACAUGUUGAGGUUUUGUUUCUGCAGAACGGGAGCGUUGGUGGUGACUGGAGCAAGGCAGAGCACCACGCUCACAUAGUUUAAAUUAUUCUCAAACACUUUUGAUAAAGAAAUGUAAUUGAGGUUUGAUGUUUCA